GGUUGUGUGGUGGGGAGAGAAGCGGUACGACACACACCCUGUAUUUGUUGAUAUGUCUAGUGUCCGUGCAAACAUCAACCCACCAUUACCUUUCCCUACACGUGUUAAUUAUUGAUACCAUCAGGACAGAUUGGUAACCGAUCAUCAGGUACAGAUUACGCCGUACAUAAAUAUGACCUUCUACCACAGAAUUUCUGUGUGAAAUAUUGACUUUGGGCCAUCAAUUGAUCCCUCUCUUUCAGUACUGAGGCGUGAUACAGUUAUUAGUAAAUUGUUUGUAACUGUUACUGUUAACGGAUUAUACUACAACGCACCAUGCAUAGUGGGAACGCUUGUUUGGUUCCAACCGGAAGUCAACUGUCAAUGCCAUGUUCUGCGUUACUGGUCAGAAUGACCAGUGACAGGAUGUGACAUCAUUGAUCUGUGCUGUACAUGCGUAAACGUAUGAUGCCUCGAUAUCGCGCUGACCCUGACCUCCAUAUUCUGACCACGUGAAAAAUAUGUGGCCAAAGGCGGAAGUUCACCCCAUGGCCGGUCUGGUCAUCUGGCUCCUGUUGUGUUUAGCUUUGGAAGCCGACGCCAUUGGAUGCUUCCAGUGCACUUCCGUCAACAAGGGAAAUGCCGCAUGCGAAGACUCUUUUAACAAUACAGACGACAAAUACUAUAUUUCCGAUUGCUGGGCUAGUCGUAAUGGGCGCCAUGGUCUCUUUCCCGCCACCGAGUGUAUAAAAAUGAUUGCCAAUGAUGAUUCAACUGGGUUUUCGCUGGUGGUGCGGGACUGUGUGGUAGAUAAUGGCGGUACUAACUCGGAGACAGAGAUCGGACGACAGAGCCACUGUGGAUGGAUGAGGGAGAUACAGUAUAACGACAAGAGGAUGAAGGGAUGCAUCCUCAGCUGUAACUCCGACGGCUGUAAUGGCGCGUCUGGACUGAGGACUUUGCACGUGCAGACGCUUGUUUUAUUGGUGCUUGUAACUAAAUCGGCGACACGGAAAAUAUUGUGCAACAGCUGAUGGGUGCAUGCCAACGGCAUCGCAGUGUUUCGUGAUGUUUAAAAGGAGUUCUGGUGACGAUUUUUGUUACUAGAUUUUAGCGUGCUCAGUCAGUUAAGGUUGUAAUAGCACAUAUUUCUAAACAAAUAUAUUUCAUCUCGAAGGACAUUGUGUGACAAAUAACCUAUCUGAGAUAACGCUAAACAUGUAUAAUUCUUGCCUGUCUUGUGCAAGUUACUAUUUAUGUAUGAGCGUCUGCGUUUUUGAUGCUUUUUACGUGUCUCGGUGCAUAUUAGACAAAUGCACACCAGGACUAGCUGGAUACAGUUUAAAUCUACAAGAUUUCUAGCGCUUAUGGUGUAUCAUAAUAACGUAUUAUAUACACACGAACGUGUUUUAAUGGAGUUAUUCAUUAAAAGGUGUGCUACUCCUCAAUAAACUGAAGUAAAGCUAGAAUGUUUUCCCUUUCGUACAAUGUAGAUUCGUCUGUUAUAUACUAAAGUAUUCUACGAAAUUGUAUGCAUAGCGAUAGCAGAAUGAGAAUGAAUGAAGUGCUGAUCUACACGACUGAAAUGUAUUCAGACUCAGCUAAUGGACAGAAUUACAGGCAUUUAAUCAUCUUACCAUAGAAUAUAAAACAGUUUUGGACUUGAUUACUAAGAUAUAAUUGAUGCUAUCCGCUGUUGUCCGUUUCUUUUAGUAGUAUCAUAAUGUGAUAACAUUAUUUGUAUAAUAGAUGUCGCAUGGUAAACUCUUAUCGUCCAUUUUUUAACUUAGUUGUGUUAAUCUCUGUAAAUACUAAGUUGUUGUUGUUGAAACGGUUUACUAGUCGUGUUGCAAAUAUCUUUCCUAGAUUUGAUAGGGCGGCUACAUAUACAGUACUUUAUUGAAAUAGUAUACUUUCGUGAAAUGCACGUGUUAACGGUCACUGUUAUGUAGAAGUAGUUUCGGAAUCAUCUAUUAAUUCUAUUAUUCGAAUUCGAAUUGGAAGCGUUGACAUUUCUACAUUCUCUACUUUCUAUAUACAUUAAAGUUAUUUCACUGUUGUUGAACAUUGAGUUGAUCAGGCCUUUACAGCGAGUUGGUGACAUGAAUUUAUCAUUAACGGAGGAAUGUGUUCACGGAUCCAGUAACUAUAUACAGCAUCAAUAUUUUCUAUCCCAUACAGCGUCAAUGAAGUAUAUCAAAUGUCAUCAUAUCAGUUAGAAAUCAUGUAACAUUUGUAACCGUUUUAGAUGAAAUGUAAUAUAGGUAUUUGUAUAUACAUAAAUUGGAAUUUUUAGCCCACCAUCAGAUGAUGGUGGGCUAUUCAAAUCACCCUGCG